UAGAAAUUCGGUCAAUGCAGUAUUUAAUUAUGCAAUCAAAUUCAUUCAAAUUACCCACAGGCAAUGUGAAAAGGCUUUACUUAUUGAAUGUUGUCAUAAUGUUGAAAUAACCUAUUUUGCUAAACUUUCGAAUGUCUUGCAGAUGGAGAAUCACGGACUAGACAAAAACAGCUUUAACAGCUAGGACUGCAAUAUUAGGACUGAUUAAAUUAAUUAGGACUUCCAACAAAUUUGUUGGAACUCUACUCAAAAUGGCCACUGUAUUAUUGGAGUGCGAAGUUUGUAGCGAGGCAUUCGAUACUGGCAACCACAAGCCGCUUUGUCUCUCGUGCGGCCACACGUUCUGCUUCUCGUGCAUUACAAACAUAUUAACCGGGCCAGAAGAUAAAAAUUGUCCAAAAUGCAGGAAAGAAAUUUCCCAGCGCACUGAUGAAAUGAUGGUUAACUACGCAUUGAUUCCCUCUGAAGUAAAGGCUCGUCUAAAUCCCAUGCGUUUACAGUCGGCAACGCUGUACUCGCACGAGGGGAAGGUUCGCGAUUUCCUCUGCGUGGACUGCAUGGAACUCUUGUGCUUCACGUGCGCCAGGGGCACGCACGCUACGCAUAACAUUGAGUUUUUAGACGACCUGCUUCAAGAAGGGAAAAACGUUUCGGAAUCAUGGGCAAAAAUACGGUCCACGAUGAAGAGUCAACUUGAAAGCGUGAAUAGUUUCGUUUCCGUAUCAGACGAAAUUUUGAAUUUGGCUGAUGAAUUGCUUUACCUGAAGACUGAUUUUGAGGGCUGGAAGGAUGCGUGCUGGCCCAGAAAGCAUCAACAGAGCAAUAUCUCGAGGUCUGGGGUGAUGAGAAGAGCGAAGUGGAUCAGAACAAUAGACAAGAACUAAGGGAAAUGCUCAGUCGUCUAAAAUUGGAACCUGAAAAAAAUAGCAAGAUACAAGAAAUCAAAGAGAGGUUGGAUGCAGUAAGCAAAAAAUGUUCUUCGUUAGAGGCACAAACGCGUAAGCUCAUGCCGCCCGAUGAACGCUGGAUUAUCACCAGCAGUGCUGAUAGCGAGCUAGCUGUCGCCAGCCUAAUAGAGAAAAGACGGCCCAGUCGCCUCGUUGUGGUGUCCACCCACACCAGCCCCAUCUCUGGGCUAUACGAUCUGCUGUCCCGCCUCGCCGCACGCUACACCGGCAACAUCAGCCUGCUGCCCCUUGACUCCUUCUGGGGGCUGGCAGGACAGUCGGAUCGAACACUGUCAUAUCUCUGGAGCUACUGCAGUUUUCGGAAUAAGCUGACUGCCGUGUACGGCUCCCACAAACAAAUCUGGGAACACUGGAAGGAAUUUGGAACAGCUUGCGAUUACAACUUUCGUUUCGACUGCUAUGCCGAUUAUCGUCUCAUCAACGAUUGGACACUACGACGCAUUGAAAAUGUGUGCUGCGUCACACGAACUUCGAGUGAAAUCAGUGAAAUCCUAAGUAAAUUCGUGGUCACCCGCUGGCACUUCCCUGAUCUCGGAGACGAGGACGUGAACUGGAUGUCAUCCAUCCUGGCAGAGUACUCCAACUACCAUCCAGUGAGGGAACUUGUCCUCCCGAGGGAUCAGCUCACAGACGCAGGAGCUCGUCAGCUGUUUCAGAAGGUGCCCACUAUUGAGAUGCUCUACCACGAACCUGACGCUCCUCACCUAGAGUCUGCUUGCCCCUCCAGUGCGGAAUGCGUCAAGUUGACGAUCACCAACAUUCUUCACUGGGCAUAGAACUGUUAGCAAAUUUAGACUUGCACUAGAAUAUUAAAUCAACCGCAGCUGUAUGCAUCAUUUCAUUUGUCAAUGAACGAGUAAACAUUUUAAUCUUCAUAGAAUAACUUUUAAGCUCUGAAUUAGAAUGAUAAAACAUCUGAUAUUCGCUUUGGUUUAAGUUUUCACUAAGAAAGGACGAGCUUUUUCAAUGAUGGUACAUAGUCGACCAUGAUUCUAAUAAGUGGAAGAUGAUGACCAUAACAGACGAUGGGUCUAUUCAAAGUUUUCUUUAUGUUUCACCUCGAAAAGCACUUUCAUUUGACCCUGGUGUUCGAUGGAGAUAUUAUACCGCAAAAGGAACAGGCAGCACAUCAGCAACAACAAAGAAAACCUACUUUUUGUCAACAAGUGGAAAAUGCAGAUGCUGGCCCAAGCAUUUACUUGUACCUUUCUUAAGCUUCUAUAUGAUAUCUUAAGCCAAA